AGAAGGCCCACUAUUCCAGCUAAUAACUUUGAACUGAAGCCAGCACUCAUCCAGAUGGUUCAAUCAAAUCAGUUUGGAGGAUAUCCCAACGAGAGUCCUGAUGAGCAUAUUGCAGGAUUCCUCCAAUACUGUAACACGGUAAAGAUGAAUAAUGUCACUGAUGAUGUUAUUAGAUUACAGCUUUUUCCUUUCUCGCUUAGGGAUAAAGCGAGAGCCUGGUUCAAUUCACUGCCACAAGAGUCCAUCACCACCUGGGCCGACCUUUCAUCUAAGUUUCUCAGGAGAUUUUUCCCACCAGCUAGGACUGCAAGAUUGAGGAACGAAAUCACUAACUUCACCAAGUUCAAUGGUGAAUCACUUUAUGAGGCAUGGGAGAGAUUCAAGGAGGCAAUCAGAAAGUGCCCACAUCACGGAUUGCCAGAUAAUCUCCUAAUUGAGGUCUUCUAUCUUAGCCUGGAUGAUACAUUGAGGUCUCUAGUAGAUGCUGCAGCAGGAGGCGCACUGAUGGGUAAGAAUUAUGAUGAAGCAAGUGCUUUGAUAGAAGAGAUGGCCUCCAGUGCACAUAAUUGGCAGAAUGAAAGAAGUAAAUCAAGAGUGGCAUCAGUCAAUGACAUGGACACUAUUGCUAAUUUGACAACCCAGAUUUCAGCUCUCACUACCCAGGUAAGUAAACUCACCUCAGCACAUUCUUUUAAUACUAAUCAGGUUGCUUUUUGUGAGUUGUGUUCAGGACCACAUUCGACUCUUGAAUGCAUGUCUGGAAAUCCCUCGGCUUCACCCAAUGGAGAGCAAGUGAACUUUGUCAACAACUUCCAACGGAGUAAUCAAGGGCCUUAUUCGAACACUUACAAUCCCGGGUGGCGUAAUCAUCCUAAUUUCUCAUGGAGGAAUGAGAAUAAUGCACUUAAACCGCCACCUGGAUUCCAAAAGCAAGGCCCUGCUCAGAAUGCUCCACCUCAGCAAAGUCAGUCGAGAAUGGAAGAGCUCAUGUUGAGCUAUAUGCAAAAGACUGACACCAUGCUACAGAAUCAACAAGCCACUAUUCGAAACCUAGAGGGUCAGAUUAGUCAGAUUUCUCAGCAAUUGAGUAAUAGACCAUCAGGGUCUUUACCCAGCAACACUGAAGAGAACCCCAAGGGUGUCAAUGCUAUAAUGCUGAGGAGUGGCAAGGAAUUGGAAAUAGUCAAUAGAAAAGCUCAAACUCAGGAGGAGAGUCCGGAGAAAGACAAAGGUAAGCAAAAGGUGGAGGAACCAAGGCAGAAGUCACUAGGGGUGAAACCGUAUGUUCCUCCUGUCCCUUUUCCAGGAAGAUUGAAGCAACAACAGUUGGACGCCCAAUUUGCUAAAUUCCUAGAUGUUUUUAAAAAGCUGCAAAUCAACAUUCCAUUUGCAGAAGCACUCCAGCAGAUGCCUUCAUAUGCUAGAUUCAUGAAGGAUCUGCUCACUAAAAAGAGGAAGUUUGAUGGGAGUGAGCCUGUGAUGCUUACAGGAGAGUGUUCUAUGAUUCUCCAAAAGGACUUGCCUAACUUACCACGCAAACAAAGAGAUCAGGGGAGUUUCACUGUUCCUUGUACUAUAGGGAAUUUUCAUUUUGAGAACGUUCUUAUCGAUUCAGGUGCAAGUAUAAAUUUAAUGCCUCUGUCUAUUUUCAGGAAACUUGGACUUGGAGAAUGCAAGAAAACUCAUAUUACCUUGCAACUUGCUGACAGGAGUAUCAAAUAUCCAAAGGGUAUUGUUGAGAAUGUCCUGGUGAAGGUAGACAAAUUCAUAUUUCCAGUCGACUUCAUAGUCUUGGAGAUGGAGGAGGACAGAGAGGUGCCCAUGAUCCUUGGCAGACCGUUCCUUGCGACAGGUAAAGCAUUAAUAGAUGUGGAACAAGGUAAGCUCACUUUAAGAGUUAUGAAUGAACAAAUAACUUUUAAUGUUUAUGACGCCAUAAAGAAAUUUGAUGAUGGCAAAUCAUGUUACACCAUUGAUAUUAUUGAUGAGCUUAUCUCUGAGUCUGUGGAGGAGAAAGCAGGUGUGGAUACAAUGGAAUCAGUCCUUAGGGAUCUGGACGAUUGGAGUGAUGAUGAUGAGCAUGAGGAAGAAUCUGUGGAGAAGGUAUCAGAAAUCAAGGCUCGCUACUAUGAGGAGCUGGGCACUAGUGCGACAAAACCAGUAUCAUCUUUGACACAGUCCCCGGUGCUAGAACUUAAACCAUUGCCUAGCCAUUUAAAAUAUGCCUAUCUUGGAAUAGAUGAUACUUUGCCAAUAAUUAUCUCUUCUUCCUUGACAGGUGAUCAGGAGCAACAGCUCCUAAGCGUGCUGAGAGAGCACAAGGAGGCAAUAGGAUGGACUAUUGCAGAUAUCAAAGGGAUCAGCCCUUUGAUUUGCACUCACAGGAUAAUGUUGGAAGCUGAGUGCAAACCCAUAGUGCAACCACAGAGGCGACUUAACCCAACUCUCAAAGAGGUAGUGAAGAAAGAAGUGCUUAAACUGUUGGAUGCAGGUAUUAUCUAUCCUAUCUCAGAUAGUAAAUGGGUUAGUCCUGUUCAAGUAGUGCCCAAAAAGGGUGGUAUGACUGUGGUUAAAAAUGAGGUCAAUAAAUUAAUCCCGACUCGUACUGUGACUGGGUGGAGAGUUUGUAUAGAUUACAGGAAACUAAAUGAUGCUACCCGUAAAGACCAUUUCCCCCUCCCCUUCAUUGAUCAGAUGCUAGAAAAACUUGCAGGGCAUGAUUAUUAUUGUUUUCUAGAUGGUUAUUCUGGUUACAAUCAGAUUCAUAUAGCACCCGAGGACCAGGAGAAAACCACAUUUACUUGUCCUUAUGGCACUUUUGCCUUUAGGAGAAUGCCUUUCGGUCUCUGUAAUGCACCUGCCACUUUCCAGAGGUGCAUGAUGUCUAUAUUUUCUGACAUGUUAGAGAAUUUUAUUGAAAUAUUUAUGGAUGAUUUCUCUGUUUUUGGGAAGUCAUUUGAAUCUUGUCUGACAAAUUUAGGCUGUGUGCUUAAAAGAUGUAAGGAGACUAAUCUGCUUCUGAACUGGGAGAAAUGUCAUUUUAUGGUAAGAGAGGGUAUAGUCUUAGGUCACAAGGUGUCAAAGAAAGGGAUUGAAGUUGAUCGAGCAAAAGUGGAGAUAAUAGAGAAGUUGCCACCACCCACUUCAACAAAAGGAGUAAGGAGCUUCUUAGGACAUGCUGGCUUCUACAGGAGAUUUAUCAAGGACUUUUCUAAAAUCUCUAGACCUCUUUGUAAUUUACUUGAAAAAGAUUCUGCUUUUGUUUUUAAUGACAAUUGUUUGCAGGCAUUCAAUUUAUUGAAGGAGAAACUCACUUCUGCACCAGUGAUCGUUGCACCUAAUUGGGAGCUUCCGUUUGAGCUGAUGUGUGAUGCCAGCGACUAUGCUGUAGGAGCAGUACUUGGGCAAAGGAGAGGUAAGGUAUUUCAUGCAAUAUACUAUGCUAGUAGAACUUUAAAUGAGGCCCAAAAGAACUAUGCCACAACUGAAAAGGAGCUUUUAGCAGUCAUAUUUGCAUGUGACAAGUUUCGGCCUUAUCUGAUAGGUUCUAAGAUCAUAGUAUACACAGACCAUGCUGCCCUGAAAUAUUUGUUUGCCAAAGCUGAUGCUAAACCUAGGCUAAUUCGUUGGAUUCUACUGCUACAAGAAUUUGACCUGGAAAUUAGAGACACAAAGGGAACUGAAAAUGUAGUGGCUGAUCACUUAUCCCGUUUGGAAUCUGAUUGUUUAGAUUCACCCAUUAAUGAAAAGUUCCCUGAUGAACAAUUGCAUGUAGCAGAAAUCCAAGGAUUACCUUGGUAUGCUGAUAUAGUCAAUUACAUGGUUAGCAACAUCACACCAUAUGGUUUGUCAUCUCAACAGAAAAAGAAAUUUUUGCAUGAUGUGAAAUACUAUUUUUGGGAUGAACCAUAUCUGUUUAAAUAUUGUGCUGACCAAGUAAUUAGACGCUGUGUGCCUGAAACUGAACAACUUAGCAUAAUACAACACUGUCAUUCUAAGGAAGCAGGAGGCCACUUUGGUGUGGAAAGAACUGCAACUAAGAUCUUAUCUUGUGGAUUUUAUUGGCCUAGAGUAUUUCAUGAUUGCAGGAAUUACAUUAUGUCUUGUGCUCCAUGCCAAAGAACUGGCAAUAUUUCUAGGAGACAUGAAGUACCACAAAAUAGCAUUCUUGUAAUUGAGCUUUUUGAUGUGUGGGGAAUAGACUUUAUGGGUCCUUUUCCCUCUUCUUUUUCAAAUAAAUAUAUUCUUGUGGCUGUUGAUUAUGUUUCAAAAUGGGUAGAAGCAGUUGCUCUACAAAGUAAUGAUGCCAGAGUUGUAAUCAGAUUUUUGAAAAAGAACAUCUUUUCAAGAUUUGGGGUACCUAGAGCCAUUAUAAGUGAUGGGGGAUCACAUUUUUGCAAUCGGCAAUUUGAAAAAUUAUUAUCAAAAUAUGGAGUUACUCAUAAAAUUGCCACCCCUUAUCAUCCACAGACUUGUGGACAGGUUGAGGUGUCCAAUAGGGAAAUAAAGCGUAUCUUAGAGAAAACAGUCAAUGCAUCUAGGAAAGAUUGGUCUUUAAAACUUGAUGAUGCAUUGUGGGCUUACAGGACAGCUUUCAAAACCCCCAUAGGAAUGUCCCCAUACAAGAUUGUUUAUGGUAAAUCAUGUCACCUACCAGUAGAGCUUGAGCACAAAGCAUAUUGGGCCAUAAAAUACCUUAACUUUGAUUUACAAGCUGCAGGUGAAAAGAGAUUGCUCCAAUUGAAUCAGAUGGCUGAGAUGAGAGAGGAAGCAUAUGAAAAUGCUAGGAUAUACAAGGAGCGAGCCAAGCGAUGGCAUGAUAGGAACAUCCUAAAGCGAGAGUUUUUGCCUGGUCAGAAAGUCCUAUUAUACAACUCUCGCUUGAAGUUGUUCCCAGGUAAGUUAAAAUCUCGAUGGUCUGGACCAUUUGUUAUUUCUAAUGUUUUUCCCUAUGGUGCAGUUGAGCUGAAGUCAGAAGAUGACCGCACUUUUAAAGUAAACGGUCAUCUUCUCAAGCAUUACUUUGAAGGGGAAAAUAUUGAUGGUGAUGCCACUACGGUGGAUCUAGCAAAUUCGGUUGAAGAAUUGGAAAAGUCGAACUAGCGACUAUAAACUAAGUGCUUCAUGGGAGGCAGCCCAU